CCGAGCUCUAGUUCCUUUUCUUCCCUUAGCUACCUCGCUAGCCAAGUAGCCAGGCCAGUCACACACACUGCGCUCGAGAAUCAAGGCAUGAAAGCGACGACACCUCGCGGCGGCGGCGCGGACACUGCCAAGUCGAAGAAGAGGAAGAAGGCCGGCGCGGGCGGGUUCAUCUUUGGCUGCGGCGGCUCCAGGUCGGUGGCCGUCGUCGCAGGCAAUCUCUCCACGAUGGCACUGGCCAAGUCGUCGUCGUCGUCGAGCGCCGCGCCAACGGCGAAGCCAGCGCCCGCAGCGAAGCCGACGGCGCCUGUCUGCCACGACGCCGAGGGCGCGCCGAGCGUGGACGCGCUCCUGCGCCAGCUCCAAGAGCUGGAGCGCGGCGUGCGCGCGCUGGGCGUCCGGGUCCUGGAGGAGGACGGCGUCGCGCAGGCGUGCCGGUGCAGCGCGAGGUCGCCGCGGUACCGGCGGGACGCGUGGGGAGGUCGGCGCGGGCGGCUGGAGGAGGAGAGCGUGGCGGUGGUGACGGAGACGGAGGACCCCCUGGGCGAGUUCCGGCGGUCCAUGGCGGAGAUGGUGGUGGAGAACGGGAUCACGGGCGGCGCGGAGCUGCGGGAGCUGCUGCAGCGGUUCCUGUCGCUCAACGCGGCGCGCCACCACCACCUCAUCCUCCGCGCCUUCGCCGACGUCUGGGAGGAGCUCUUCGCCGGCCCCGGCCGCGACCCCAUGCAGAAGCAGAAGCAGAAGCGCCCUGUUGUCUCGGGCGCCCCACAGCGCCCGGGCGAGCAGCUAGCUGCACGGCACGUACGUACUGCGCACUGACAAGUUAACUACAGUCCGUAAACUCCCCCAUGCACGCACGCACCCACCCUCGGGAAUUGUUGCCGUCCGAUCCGAUGAAAACAUGCGCCGCGUGCAUGGUUUUCAGUGCCGUGAUGAGAAGGAGCGUGCAUGUGGCUGGCACCUGAGCCUCGCCUGAAUCAGUUCUCUCCUCCGUUAAUCCUGUAAAGAUAUCAUCGUACGUUACAUUGCCCGUGAAUAUUGCGUGCCAUUGUCGCUU